AUGCCCCUGUGGCGCCUCAUCAGCCUGCGAGUCGUCGAAAUCCUAUCCACCAUCGUCCUCCUCCUCUUCCUCUUCUACAAUCUCGCCAAACCCCUCUACCGCCGCCGCUCCUUCACCCUCGACGGCAAGUUCGUCGUCGGCGGGCUAAUAGCCUUAGUGAGUGACGGCUUCCUCAACGGCCAGCAGUACAUCUUCGCCUGGAACUCGUACGCCGCCAACGCGGGUUCCUGGGCGCGCUUCACGUCUUUCCACCGCCCGGGCGCGCCGACGCGCUACACCGAGAGCCUGCUGUGGGGCCCGCCCAUGUACGUGUACUUCUGCGCCGGCGUCGCCAUCGUCGGGUGCAAGCUGCACGCCGCGUUGCGCGCGCUAUUCGGGCCGUCGCUCAACAACGAGGCGAUCUUCGCGCUCGUGUGGGUGGAUGCGUUUGUGUCUGAUUUUGUGGUUGAGAAUGCGAUUAUCAGCACGACGCACGCGUAUGCGUUUGCCAAGACGUAUGGUCCGUUGACGCUGUGGGCGGGAAGGGUAAGUCAGUUCCCCGUGUAUGAGAGCGUGUUUGUGGCGACGCUGGGGACGUUGUUUACGUGGAUGCGUGUGCAGGCGGGCGGGUGUGGGGAGGGGUUGAGUCCGGUGGAAAGGGGGUAUCAGCGGUGGAGGGCGGGGGUGGGGUUUAGGGGGAGGCGGUAUGGGGAGAGUUGGUUGCCGGGCAUGGUGAGGGGGUUUGCGGUGAUUGGGUUUUGUAGUGCGGCGUGUGUGCUUUGUUAUCAUUUGCCGCUAAAUUGGUUAGGGGUUUCGGGGGAUUGUGAGGCAGAUUUGCCGGAUUAUUUGAUGCCGGGGGAGUGGCAGGGAAGGGAGAGGGGGAAGUUGUGA